AUGCAAGGAGGUACAAGAACAAUUUGCGAGAAAAGUGAGAAGUUUGUAUACAUUCCUAUACUUGAAAGUUUAAAGCAAAUUCUAACCAAUGAGCGUAUCUCAACUAUGGUUCUGCGAAAUCCUAAAUGUUGCCAUGGGGAUGUAUUUUAUGAUGUACAAGAUGGUCUUUUGUAUCAAAAUGAUGACUAUUUUGAAAAGCAUGAGAACUCCUUGUGUCUUAUACUAUAUCACGAUGAAUUAGAGGUGUGCAACCCGUUAGGCAGUAAUGCAGGGGUGCACAAACUUGACAUGUACUAUUAUACAAUUGCAAAUUUAUGUCCAAAGUUCAGGUCCAAGCGUUGUGCAGUCCAUUUAUUUGCGAUUGCUAAUGCUGAUUUAGUGAAGAAGUAUGGCAUUGAUACCAUUAUGAAGCCACUGGUGGAUGAUUUGAAUAUCUUGUACAAGGGAUAUAAGAUGGAGAUUAAUGGUGUUGAAAAAGUCAUCCAUGGAAAGGUUCUGAUUUGUGCUGGUGAUACCCUCGGUCAGCACUAUUGGGGAGGUUACAAAGAGGGAGUUGGAGUAGCUUUUCAGAAGUGUCGUCAUUGCCAAUGUGCAUUUGAACAAAUGCAACGUGACUUUCUGGAAGAAGCAUUUGUUCUCCGGACAAUGGAAACCUACAGUGCACAGUUUGAUGCCAUUGAACAGGCUCCAACUCUGAAUGUCCAAAACGAUCUGAAAACAACUUACGGACUAACUACAAGAAGUUCCCUUUGCCAGCUACCUACAUUUGAUGUCACCCAACAACUUCCCCAGGACAUCAUGCACACUUUGUUAGAAGGAGUUGUGCAAUAUGAGGUUAGACUAGUUUUGCUACACUACAUUCAGUCUAGUCAAACCAGUCUUUCAGAAAUCAAUGGAGCUAUUUUAAGUCAUGAAUAUGGCUAUUCAGAAAUCAGCGACAAGCCAAUUCCCCUGAGAGAUACUGUGUUCCACGGUGAUGAACGAUACAAAUUAAAGUACAAUGCUGCAAAAGCUCGGUUAUUCUUACGACUCUUGCCAUUUUUAAUCAGUCCUUUGAUUGACACUGAUGAUCAGUAUUACCAGUUUCUACUGCAGUUGAUUUAG